CACUGGAAGCGACGAGCGACAUGGGAGAAAAGAUGUGCAUUUCAGUGUAAUUUAUGGACCCGGAUCGAUAUGUGGUCAGCGACACCAGUGAAACAUGUCCAAUGUCUCCGUUUUCUCGCUCAGGCUCUCGCGCUCACACUGAUCUUGGCUCGACGUCAGAAGCUGCGCAGCAGUGCAGUAGAAUGCUUGCAUAGGCAGCCUGUGUUGAUUUGAAAGGUUUUGCCUUGCGCGUUCAGUGAUCUGCGACUCGAGCUGGAUAUCUAAACCCGUUUUCUUUUUGUUCCUCUCUUUCAGGCUGUCCGUGAAUGGAUUUCGUCUGGAUUUCACCCGUCUAAUAUGGAUGCUCUACCGCUCGCUGAGUCGGAAGGUUGUUUCUUGGCGCAGUGAGACGGACACGCAGAGCUUGCUAAUGGAUCUGGGAAGCGAAUGCCCUCUUCCUCAGUGACCAUGCCGUGAUCUCACGCGUGGGCCGUCACCCUGUUAAACAUCAAAAUAAUAAAUUUUGGGGAGUCUUACGAUCCAAGGGAAUUAAAUACUGUACAUCACAGGCAUCAUGAAGAUUACCUCCCCACUGAUAACUCAUGCGAAAUUUAGGUGCUCUCUCAAGAUUCUACUGCUGCUUCUAUUAUGUGUGGGAUAUUCUCGCGGAAUGCCACACGUUUUAAGAUUUGGGGGAAUAUUCGAAUCUAUUGAAACUGGUCCGUCAGGUGCUGAAGAACUAGCCUUUAAGUUUGCUUUAAAUACAAUCAACAGAAACAGAACUCUACUGCCAAACACAACACUCACAUACGACAUCCAAAGGAUAAACAUCCAUGACAGUUUUGAGGCUUCCAGAAAGGCCUGUGACCAACUCUCCCUGGGGGUGGCAGCCAUUUUCGGCCCCUCUCACAGCUCUUCAGCCAAUGCGGUUCAGUCCAUCUGCAAUGCUCUGGGGGUGCCACACAUUCAGACCAAGUGGAAGCACCAAGUUUCAGACAACCGUGACUCAUUCUACGUCAGCCUCUACCCAGACUUCUCCUCCCUCAGCAGGGCCAUCCUAGACCUGGUGCACUUCUUCAAGUGGAGGAUGGUCACCGUGGUGUACGACGACAGCACAGGUCUGAUUCGGUUACAGGAGCUCAUUAAGGCACCCUCUCGUUACAACAUCCGGUUAAAAAUCCGUCAGCUGCCAGCAGAAACGAAGGACGCUAAACCACUCCUUAAGGAGAUGAAGCGAGGAAAAGAAUUCCAUGUGAUUUUUGACUGUGGCCAUGAGAUGGCUGCUGGCAUUCUUAAACAGGCUCUUGCCAUGGGAAUGAUGACAGAGUACUACCACUAUAUUUUUACCACACUGGACCUAUUUGCUUUGGAUGUGGAGCCGUACCGCUACAGUGGCGUCAACAUGUCAGGGUUCCGCAUUUUAAACACGGAGAAUAGUCAGGUGGCCUCCAUCAUUGAAAAAUGGUCCAUGGAGCGUCUCCAAGCUCCUCCCAAACCUGACUCUGGCCUAUUAGAUGGCUUUAUGACGACGGAUGCGGCGCUGAUGUAUGAUGCGGUGCACGUGGUGGCUGUAGCAGUGCAGCAGUCUCCACAGAUCACCGUGAGCUCCUUGCAGUGUAACCGCCAUAAACCCUGGCGUUUCGGCAACCGCUUCAUGACCCUCAUCAAAGAGGCCCACUGGGACGGCUUGACCGGACGGAUAAAUUUCAACAAAACCAACGGCCUGAGGACAGAUUUUGAUCUUGAUGUGAUCAGCCUGAAGGAGGAAGGACUGGAGAAGAUUGGAACAUGGGAUCCAGUAAGUGGUCUGAACAUGACUGAAAGCCAGAAAGGAAAAACUGCAAAUGUCACAGAUUCACUGACCAACAGAACGCUAUAUGUAUCAACAAUACUGGAGGAGCCUUAUGUGAUGUUCAAGAAGUCAGACAAGCCCCUGCAUGGCAACGACCGCUUCGAGGGCUACUGUAUUGACCUGCUGCGUGAGCUGGCCAACAUCCUGGGCUUUGUCUAUGAGGUGCGGCUGGUUGAAGAUGGCAAGUAUGGCGCGCAGGAGGAGAGCACAGGCCAGUGGAAUGGUCUGGUUCGCGAGCUCAUGGACCAUAAAGCUGAUCUUGCAGUGGCUCCCCUGGCCAUCACCUACGUGCGCGAGAAGGUCAUCGACUUCUCCAAGCCCUUCAUGACACUGGGGAUAAGUAUUCUGUACCGCAAGCCCAACGGCACCAACCCAGGGGUGUUCUCCUUCCUCAACCCUCUCUCCCCCGACAUCUGGAUGUAUAUUCUGCUGGCUUACUUGGGUGUCAGUUGUGUGCUGUUUGUCAUAGCCAGGUUUAGUCCCUACGAAUGGUAUAAUCCCCACCCAUGCAAUCCUGACUCGGACGUGGUGGAAAACAAUUUCACGCUGCUAAAUAGUUUCUGGUUCGGAGUUGGAGCUCUCAUGCAGCAAGGAUCUGAGCUCAUGCCCAAAGCCCUUUCCACCAGGAUAGUAGGAGGCAUCUGGUGGUUCUUCACCCUCAUCAUCAUCUCCUCUUACACGGCCAACCUGGCCGCCUUCCUCACCGUGGAGAGGAUGGAAUCUCCCAUUGAUUCAGCCGAUGACCUGGCAAAGCAAACCAAGAUUGAGUAUGGCGUGGUGGAGGAUGGGGCAACAAUGACCUUCUUUAAAAAAACAAAGAUCUCCACAUAUGACAAGAUGUGGGAGUUCAUGAGUAGCCGCAGACAUUCGGUCAUGGUAAAGAGUGUGGAAGAAGGCAUUCAGCGUGUGCUCACCUCUGAUUACGCUUUCCUCAUGGAGUCCACCACGAUUGAAUACGUCACCCAACGUAACUGCAACCUCACACAGAUUGGAGGCCUCAUCGACUCUAAGGCCUAUGGAGUUGGCACUCCUAUGGGCUCUCCAUACCGAGAUAAGAUUACCAUAGCGAUCCUGCAGCUGCAGGAAGAGGGAAAGCUACACAUGAUGAAGGAGAAGUGGUGGAGAGGCAACGGCUGCCCUGAGGAAGAAAGUAAGGAGGCGAGUGCCCUGGGCGUGCAGAACAUCGGUGGGAUCUUCAUCGUUCUGGCUGCUGGCCUCGUGCUCUCUGUCUUUGUGGCAGUGGGGGAGUUCCUGUAUAAGUCUAAACAAAACGCACAACUCGAGAAGAGGUCCUUCUGCAGUGCCAUGGUGGAGGAGCUACGAGUGUCCCUCAAGUGUCAACGCCGGCUCAAACACAAGCCUCAACCGACUGUCAUGGUCAAGACAGAGGAAGUCAUCAACAUGCACACUUUCAAUGAUCGGAGACUGCCAGGCAAAGAGACCAUGGCUUAAAGUAGACACUUGCUAUCUUUUCUUCAAAUGGAAGACGGAAAAAGGGAAGAGUGUUAGGGCAACAACUACAUUUAUACAUGGGGGGUUGGGAGACUAGGAACGUGAUUGCUCAGAAUAUUAAAUGUCAUUAUUGUUUCAAAGCAAUUAGUUAUUGGGAGAAAAAAGAAACCGACAUAUUUCCUGUGGAAAUAACUUGAGUCUGGGCAAAAUUAAAGUGAGUUACCUCAUCACUCCUGCCACAAGGGCAAAGGCUGAUUGGUACUGGUGUUGUGGAUAACUUAUGAAAUAAACAACUGACAAGGGCAGAGGUGUAGGAUCAAGAUGUGUGUGGUUGGAGUUGGACUGUCCCUUUAUUAAGUUCACUUUAGCUUAGGUCUGUGAAUCUAUAAUCUCUUUGGGCAAUUUGAUCAUUCUCUGUCUAGACGCCACAUAGAGAAUUGUUGAGAUCAUUAAAGCGAACUGAAGGAUUUAUGUAGUCACAUACAGUAUACAAAAGGGACAAAGAAUUCUAUAUGAAGACACAAAGAAAAACAUAAUUUUAAGGUGUAUAUUUGUGCAGAAUCUUUUUUAUGAUAAAAAAUAAAUUAGACAGUUUCAAUCCCAGUUAAGAGCAACCAAGCCUAAUUGGUUCAGAAGCUUAAAAUAUCUUUAAAGCCACAGCAAACAUGUUCUGUAAUAAAGACAUUUCUUAUGCUGAAUCCAAGCCAAUAAAGGCAGAGCAGGAGAUGUGACAUGCAUCAGGCAAUAAAUGUCUUAAUUUGCUUGCAUUUCAAAUCACUACCACUUCCAAUGAAGUAGGAAGAUUGUUUAAGAGGAAAAAAUACAAAUGUGAAAAUGUGUUGGUUAUGAGAUGCAUUGAGUAUAUUAUGAUUACUUAGCUUUGUAUCAGAUGCAUAUUGGUAGAGUAAGAGAUGAUCACUAAAUUGAGAUGUGCCUGUUAUUGGCCCCUGAAGGACCUCUAGAUGCUCUUCAUCUCUGCAAAAUGUAGGUCAGAACUAGUAACUGAAAACAAAAGUCACAGCUGUCAUGCUAUAUUUAUUCAAGUAUUUAUUAUUUUAUUUAUUUUUGUUAAUAUUUUGAUGGACUGAGUCAUAGCUAUGAACAUACUCAUUAAUUAAACUCCUGUGCAUAUUUACUUUUUACACUCAAACUGAUUAAUUUCAAUGUCAAGUUAAUUAUUUGUACUUUUUGUGGAUUUGAUUUCAGAAACAGGAAUCCUCACAAACUUGUGCAAAUGCAAAAUUUAUAUAAAAGGUGUUUUUGUAUAAAAAAGAUUCAAAAUUUUGUAAUAAUUUGUAUCAACACAAGAUUGACCAUGGGCAUCUUUGUCUUCUUCUGGUGGGUGGGAUACCCUGUGGAAUCUCCAUUCCAGAGUGUAAAGCUGUGGGGGACCUGGGACCACUGUGUGUCCGCAUGGACCAGCCUCAUUAGACCACACCAACACACCCAGCAUCACAUCACCAGACCUCUGUGAAGAUAACACAGAGCUAGUGUGCAGGAUAUAUGGCCUCCAUGGGCAAGGGACACCUUUUAGGUCCACACAAAAGGAAGAGUGCUAAGUAUGCCAGGCAGUGUUGAAGUGACACACACAUUUUGGACAGAUCCUAUUUUUAUCAUGUAAAUGAAUCAUAUUUAAAGAAAGAUAUUUUUACUUGGGGUAAAUGAUAGUAACAAUGAAACUGA